AUGUGGCUCCUCCCGGUACCUCCCCGCGCCCGGCCCCGGUCCCGGCGGGGCCGCCCAGCCCCAGCCCAGCCCCAGCCCCGUCCCCGCCGCCGCCCAGCCCGGCUGCACCGGCCGGGGGCACCGCCAACACCGGGAGCCGGGGGACCGGGAUCACCAGGAGUACCGGGGGUACCGGGCGCCUGGGAGCACCAGGAGUACCGGGAGCACCGGGGGUACCGGGGCACCGGCCGCACAAUGAUCUGCGGCAGGAAGGCUCGUCCCGCCGCCGAGCAGCCCCGCUCCCCGUCGGACGGCUCCGGUGGCCCCCGCCGGCCCGGCAGAGCCUUGAAGAAAAUGGGCCUGACGGAGGACGAGGACAUCCAGCGGAUGCUGCGGGGCUCCCUGCUCCGGAAGAUCAAGUCCCGGGGGGGCCCCCGGGAGCGGCUCUUCCGUCUGCAGGAGGACGGGGCGACCGUCUGCUUCGAGGGGCGCUUCGGGCGCGCUCGCUCCCAGCAGAGCUUCUCGGUGAUGCACAUCGAGGGGGUGCGUGAGGGACACCAGUCGGAAGGUCUACGCAAGUACGGUGCCGCCUUCCCCGAGCGGCACUGCUUCACCCUCGUCUUCAAGGGCAAGCGCAAGAACCUUGACCUGGCUGCCCGGGGCGAGGAGGAUGCCCGCCACUGGGUGCAAGGGCUCACCAAGCUGAUGGGGCGGCUGCAAGCCAUGAGUCAACCAGAGAAGCUCGACCACUGGAUCCACGGGGUCCUGCAGCGAGCAGACAGGAACAAGGACAACAAGAUGUCCUUCCGGGAGGUGAAGAGCAUGCUGAGGAUGAUCAACAUCGACAUGGAUGAUGUCUACGCCUACAAGCUCUUCAAGGAGUGCGACCGCUCGGGCGACGAGCGGCUGGAGGGCCGGGAGCUGGAGGAGUUUUGCCGACGGCUGCUGCGGCGGCCAGAGCUGGAGGAGCUUUUCGGGCGUUACUCGGGUGAGGACCGUGUCCUGUCGGCCGAGGAGCUGCGGGAUUUCCUACGGGACCAGGGCGAGGACGCCAGCCUGCGCCAGGCCCGUGCCAUCAUCCGCGCCUACGAGCUCAAUGAGAAGGCCAGGCAGCAGGACCUGAUGAUGCUGGACGGCUUCAUGAUGUACCUCCUCUCGGCCGCUGGUGACAUCCUCAACCAGGAGCACACCAAGGUGCACCAGGACAUGAGCCAGCCCCUGUGCCACUACUUCAUCUCCUCCUCCCACAACACCUACCUGACCCGCAACCAGAUCGGUGGCACCAGCAGCACCGAAGCCUAUGUCAGGGCACUGAUGGCGGGAUGCCGUUGUGUGGAGCUGGACUGCUGGGAGGGCUCCGAUGGGGAACCUGUCGUCUACCAUGGCCACACGCUCACCUCCAAAAUCCUUUUCCGCGAUGUCAUUGAGAGCAUCCGUGACUACGCCUUCAAGCAAUCACCCUACCCCGUCAUCCUGUCCCUGGAGAACCACUGUGGGCUGGAGCAGCAGGCCACCAUGGCCCGGCACAUGAAGGCCAUCCUGGGGGACAUGCUGCUGAUGCAGCCGCUGGAGGGGCAGGACCCCCACAACCUCCCGUCCCCGGAGCAGCUGAAGGGGAAGGUCCUGGUGAAGGGCAAGAAGCUGCCAGAGUCAUGGCACGAGCCCCAGGGUGUCACCUCCCUUCUGGACCCUGAGGAGGAGGAAGAGGAGGAGGAGGAAGAGGAAGAGGAGGAGAAGCUGCAGGAGAGAAGCAGCCGGCGGUCGCUGCAGUCGCUGCAGGAGAUCAAACCUCUGCAGGCCAAGGACGCAUCACAGGUGGCCCCGGAGCUGUCGGCCGUGGUGGUGUACUGCCAGGCUGUCCCCUUCCCCGGCCUGGCCCACGCCCUGCGCCACCCCCGGCCCUGCGAGAUGUCCUCCUUCAGCGAGAGGAAGGCUCGGAAGCUCAUCAAGGAGGCGGGCCCGGCGCUGGUCCGGUAUAACGCCCGGCAGCUCAGCCGCGUCUACCCGCUGGGGCUGAAGAUGAACUCCUCCAACUACAACCCCCAGGAGAUGUGGAACGCCGGCUGCCAACUGGUGGCCCUCAACUUCCAGACGCCGGGCUACGAGAUGGACCUGAACGCCGGGCGCUUCCUGGGCAACGGGUGCUGUGGCUACGUGCUGAAGCCCCCCUGCCUGCAGCCCCCCGGAGAGGGGCGCCGCCGCCUGGCACUGCACGUCAGGGUGAUCACGGCGCAGCAGCUGCCCAAGCUGAACAGGGAGAAGGGGAGCUCCAUCGUGGACCCCUUCGUGCGGGUGGAGAUCCACGGCGUCCCGGCCGACUGCAGCAAGCAGCAGACGCACCACAAGCUCAACAACGGCUUCAACCCACGCUGGGAGGAGACGCUGAGCUUCCAGCUGCAGGCACCCGAGCUGGCCCUGGUACGCUUCGUGGUGGAGGACUACGACAGCACCUCCUGCAACGACUUCGUGGGGCAGUUCACCCUGCCCCUGGCCAGCAUGCGGGAAGGGUAUCGUCACAUCCAUCUGCUCUCCAAGGACGGGGCGUCCCUGUCCCCCGCCACGCUCUUCGUGCACGUUCGAUGCAAGAGCCUGUGAGGUCCCCGGGGGAGGGACAUCGUGUCCCCGUGCGGGGGACAACAUGCUCCUCCAUGGGGUGGGCACCCUCCUGCGCCAGAGACGCCCUGCUCCCUGUGCAGGGACAGCCUGGGGCCACCGCUCACCUGGCCACAGUGACAGCAGGGCU